GCGGGCGUCAAUGGCUCAGUUUCGGAGCCAGACAAUGGAGGAAGAGUGGAUUUGCGAAGAGCUUCGACAGCUUCCUCGAGGCGAUGCAGUCGGGCCUGGACGUCCGGGUCGUUGUCGCGCGUUGUGGGAGCGGGAGUGGCGGUGAUGGGGCGUGCGGACUGCGACUGCGAGAUACAAUCGACACCGCGCGAGCAGCAAUUGGCGCAUGGCUGUUGUCGGUCGCAACGCAGUUUCUUGGAGCGACAGAGCUGGCACGAUACGGGCUCUUGGCGCGGACGCUUGACGGCCAUGAAGGAUGAGGAUUGGGAGUUCGGAAAGUCCGCGGGCGCUCCGGGGGGCAGGCGCGCUUUAAGUAGUCACCACCCACACCACCCACACCACCCACCACCACCCACCACCACCACAGUCAUGACUCAAUCCAGCGAGACCAGCUCCCGCGCUCUGCUCGUCCUCCUCGGCGCCUUCCUCGCUCUUUUCUGCAGCGUCGGCUUCCUCAAUUCCUUCGGUGUCUUCCAGGACUACUACAUGUCCCAUCAGCUCUCCGAUUACUCGGAAUUCCAAGUCUCAUGGCUCGGCUCCUUCCCCAUCUGCAUCAUGUACAUCCUCUCCCCGCUGGCUGGCAUCCUCGUCGACCGCAUCGGCGCCCCCAUCCUCAUAUUUGGCGGCGGCAUUGGCACCCUGCUCGCCGUCUUCAUGACUUCGCUCAGCUACGAGUACUACCAAUUCUUUCUCGCCCAAGCCUUCCUGCUCGGCGCCAGCAUGACCUUCGUCUUUUGCCCCGCCGUCGCUACCGUCUCCAAGUACUUCCACAAGAACCGUGGCUUGGCCUUGGGUAUCGCUAUAGCCGGCUCCUCCACCGGCGGCAUCAUCUGGCCCAUCGUCCUCGACCAGCUUCUCAACCACGACGGCGUGAGCUUCGGCUGGACUCUUCGCAUCAUCGGCUUCAUCAUGCUGCCGCUCCUCGUCAUCUGUCUGACGACUGUGCGACCGCCUCUGGAGCCGCCGCAACCGCCUUCGACCGACGAGGACGAGAAGACCCCAUCGGAGCCGAAAAAACAAAAGAUAGAUAUUUCCAUCAUCAAGAACCCCACGUUCCUCCUUCUCAGCGCCGGCCUCGCCAUCUGCUACCUGGGCAUGUUCAGUCCGUUCUUCUACGUCACGUCGUACUCUCGCUCUCUCGGAAUGUCGACAAGCCUCUCCUUCUACAUGGUCUCCGUAGUCAAUGCCGCAUCCCUGUUCGGGCGUGUCCUGCCCGGCUUCCUCGCGGACCGCUACGGUCACUUUAACCUCUGCGCCGCCGCUGCUCUGACUUCCGGCAUUACCGCCCUCUGCUGGACUGCCGCAAAGAAUGAGGCCGGAGUUAUUGUCUGGUCCCUGUUCUAUGGAUUUACCUCUGGGGCCAUCAUGAGCCUUCAAACAGCCUGCGUGGCUCGAAUUGCAACAAAAGAAACACAGGGAACGGCCGUCGGCUUCUUCAUGGGCUUGCUCGCUCUGACAGCACUGUUUGGUACGCCGAUCAGCGGACAGCUAGCCGGCUCUUACGGUUACCUCGCCUUGUCCUUGUAUUCUGGCGCCACGUUGAUCGCUGGCUCGCUGUUGAUUAUUUGGGCUCGCUUGAGGCUCGAACGGAAUCUGUUUGCGGCAAAGGCUGAAUUGUCUCAGAUGAUGCGUUUAGAUGUAGACCAAAGACAGUACCUUUAA